AUGAGGGAUUUUUUUCAAAAUAAUGGCAUUGAAUAUCAGCGCACUUGUGUUUACACUCCACAACAGAAUGGAGUCGUCGAACGCAAGCAUCGCCACAUUCUCACUGUCGCACGUGCAUUACUUUUUCAGUCUCACUUACCCAUUAUUUUCUGGGGUGAAUGUGUCUUGACCGCUGUCUAUCUUAUUAACCGAUUACCCUCACCAUUACUUUCCAAUAAAUCACCUUUUGAAUUGUUAUACAACCGUCCCCCAUCACUCAACCACUUGAAAGUCUUUGGUUGUUUCUGUUAUGCAACUGUUGUCCAUCCUAUUCAUAAAUUUGAUCCUCGUGCCACACGUUGUGUUUUUGUUGGAUAUCCUACUGGCCAAAAAGGUUACAAACUCUACAAUUUGGAGACAAACAAAUUCUUUGUAAGCCGUGAUGUCCGAUUCUGUGAAAAUACCUUCCCUUUCUCUCAAUUUUCGGCCUCACUUUCCCCAUAUACUCCCCAGCCCUACCUUUACUCUGAUUUUCUUAACAGCUGGACCCCACCCAUCGAUCUGCCCAACCCACCAGCCAAUCCGCCCAACCCUCCAACCAACCCACCACAAGCACCUAACCACUCUAUCCUCUCUGACGCACAUGACGGGCCUGACAGCCCCACCUCUCCCAUCCCACCUUUGUCCCCAUCCGUCAACUCCACCCCUCCACAUACAGAUAAUCCCAUUCCUCUCAUUCCCCCUCCUCGACAGUCCACUCGCUCUAAACAUCCUCCAGCAUGGCAUAGAGACUACCACAUGUCCAACCACGUCAAUCACUCAACCUCAGCGCCUCGUUCUGCAUCAGGUACUCGGUAUCCUCUUUCCCACUUCCUUACCUACUCUCGUUUAUCUUCUGCCCAUUGUGCUUUUCUUGCUAACAUUACAGGUCACACAGAACCCACAUCCUAUGCUCAGGCUAUUCUUGAUCCACAUUGGUGCCAAGCCAUGACUGCAGAACUAGAGGCUUUACAGCACAAUAACACUUGGAGUUUGGUUCCACUGCCUGUUGGUCAUAAACCGAUCGGCUGCAAAUGGGUCUACAAAAUCAAAUACAAGUCUGACGGCACCAUUAAGCGCUAUAAGGCUCGGCUCGUUGCUAAAGGCUACACUCAAAUUGAGGGCAUUGAUUAUCAGGAGACUUUCUCCCCUACAGCCAAACUCACUACCCUCCGCUGUCUCCUUACUGUUGCUGCUGCACGACAUUGGUUCAUCCACCAAUUAGACGUUCAGAAUGCUUUUCUCCAUGGCGAUUUACAUGAGGUGGUGUACAUGGAGCCUCCUCCUGGUCUUUUUUCCAACAGAGGGAGAACGUUGUAUGUCGGCUCAACAAAUCUCUCUAUGGUCUCAAACAGGCUUCUAGAAACUGGUUUUCCACCUUUUCAGAUACCAUUCAAAAAGCCGGUUAUCAACAGUCUAAAGCUGAUUAUUCUCUUUUUACCAAGGCUGAAGGCACUUCAUUUACUGCAGUUCUUAUCUAUGUUGAUGACAUACUUCUCACAGGAAAUAAUCUUCAAGAAAUGGAACGUCUCAAAAAGUUCCUUCUCAAUCGCUUCCGCAUCAAAGAUCUUGGAGAUUUGA